AUGGCCUUGCUUACUGUGGUGCGCCCGUUACGGGUGUCACUCCAGCACAGCACGCGGCCAGUCUGUCGCAGCUUCUUUGGCUACUUCCAAUCCCCUAGUCCUGCGGUCGCCGCUGCGGCGCCGCGCCGAUCGUUUUCCAACUACCUUGUGACCCCGAAAGAACUCUCAGAAGCUCUGAAGAAGAGCCCACCCUCACCCAUAUCGCCAGAACCGCGGGUGAUUCCGCUCUGCGCCUCUUGGUUUCUUCCAAACGACCCAGAAGGACGUACCGGUCUCCAGGUUUUCCGGGAGAAGCGUAUCCCCAAGGCACGAUUCUUCGAUCUGGACAAGGUUAUCGACAAGCGCAGCCCCUAUCCACACAUGCUACCGAGCCCUAAGCACUUUGCUGAGGCCAUGAGCGAGCUAGGCAUUCGCCGCGAAGAUACAGUGGUGGUCUACGACAGCCGUGAGCUGGGCAUAUUUAGCGCACCUCGUGUAGGUUGGACUUUGAAGGUCUUCGGUCACCCCAGUGUGCACAUCCUCAACAACUUUAGGCUAUGGGUCGACCAGGGUCUACCAACCGAGUCUGGCAAUGUCUGGACGGUUGAGUGCGGACCGUAUCCGAUUCCCGAGAUGGAUGAUGCCAAGGUGGCAAGCUACGAGGAGGUGCGUGAGGUUGCCCUGGAUUACAACAAAGAAGGUGCGGAGGGUGUUCAGAUCCUGGAUGCCAGAUCACAUGGGAGAUGGACUGGCAAGGCUCCUGAGCCGAGGCCUGGUUUGUCAUCGGGCCACAUUCCUGGAUCCAUCAACAUCCCCUUUGACUCCGUGCUGGACCCGGAGACCAAAGCGUUCCUACCUACGGAAAAGUUGAGAGGUUUGUUCGCCAAGAGUGGUGUUGAUCCAGCAAAGCCCAUCAUUGCCAGCUGCGGGACUGGGGUCACAGCUUGCGUGCUCGAGACCGCGUUGAGCGAAGCUCAGUACGGCUCACCAGAGAGUAGGAAGGUGUAUGACGGGAGCUGGACUGAAUGGGCGCAGAGGGUAGCCCCCUCCGAGUCUCUCAUCAGAGAAGAGGAGUGA